AUGCCCAGGGCCUCACCCCUCGAUCUGGUUCCACAGAGGCACACCUCCUCUUCCUCUUCCCCAGCCAUGGAGCCUUUUGCAGAGGUACCCUUAUUUGAGAUGGACCAGGAGUAUGAUGAUGAGGAUUCUCUCUCAGUGCGGAGCAGAGCUGUCUAUUCGUAUGCUUUUGGGACGCCUGCAGGCUCAGACCCUGACACAUUCAUUUACAUGAACUUUAUGAAGAGUCACUGCUGCUAUGACGCCAUACCGACCAGUUCCAAACUGGUCAUUUUUGACACAACACUUGAGGUGAAGAAGGCGUUCUUUGCUCUUGUGGCUAAUGGUGUGAGGGCAGCGCCACUAUGGGAUAACAAGCUUAAGUGUUUUGUGGGUAUGCUGACCAUCACUGACUUCAUCAACAUUCUCCAUCGUUAUUACAAAUCUCCUCUGGUUCAGAUCUAUGAGCUGGAAGAACACAAGAUAGAGACAUGGAGAGAGAUAUAUCUUGAGUACUCAAAUAACAAACUGAUCAGCAUCACUCCUGAAGCCAGCCUGUUUGAUGCCAUCUACUCCCUGUUGAAGAAUAAGAUACACCGGCUGCCAGUCAUUGACCCAACAUCAGGAAACGUCCUCCACAUCCUAACUCACAAACGCAUCCUCAAGUUCCUCCACAUAUUUGGAUCUAUGAUUCCUAAACCAAGGUUUCUGCAAAGGCAGAUCUCUGAAGUGGCGAUCGGUACCUUUAGAGAGAUUGCUACAGUCCAGGAAUCCGCCACUGUCUAUGACGCUCUGACCAUUUUUGUAGAGAGAAGAGUGUCAGCUCUGCCUGUAGUCAACGAGCAAGACAAAGUGGUGGCGCUGUACUCCAGGUUUGAUGUCAUUAACCUUGCAGCCCAGAAAAACUACAAUAACUUGAACAUGACGAUGCGGGAGGCCAUUGCCUCCAGAGCCUGUUGGAUGGAGGGAGUUCUGAAGUGUUACCCUUAUGAAACACUAGAGACCAUCAUUGACCGCAUUGCUAAGGCUGAGGUGCAUCGUUUGGUGUUGGUUGACAAUGAAGAUGUGGUGAGAGGGAUUGUCUCUCUGUCUGAUCUCCUACAAGCCUUGGUCCUCACUCCUGCAGGUAUUGAUGCACUCUACUCCUAACUCAACCCCCUCCAUCCAUCCCUUGCUUUCCCUCUCAGUCACCCUGGUUAUCCACCCAUCCGCCUA